GUCGAAAAAGAAAGAAGGCGCAAGGAGGAUGGUGACGAAAGAAUCCAUUGAAGUGAUAGCUCAGAGCAUUGGACUCUCCACUCUUUCUCCGGACGUCUCAGCCGCUCUUGCUCCCGAUGUCGAGUAUCGCGUCCGAGAGGUCAUGCAGGUAUAUCAUCAACUUCAACUUUACUUUUGCCCUCUAAUCUCCUCUUUAACUUGUCGUCGCAAUCUCCAGGAAGCUAUCAAAUGCAUGCGUCAUGCUCGACGCACCACUUUAAUGGCUCAUGAUGUCGAUUCUGCUCUUCAUUUCAGGAAUUUGGAGCCUACCUCUGGCUCCAAAAGUAUGCGGUUCAAGAGAGCUCCUGAGAACAGAGAUCUAUACUUCUUCGAUGACAAAGAUGUCGAGCUCAAGAAUGUUAUCGAAGCUCCUCUACCAAAUGCACCUCCUGAUGCAUCUGUUUUCUCAUUGGUUGGCAAUUGAUGGUAUUCAACCUUCCAUUCCACAGAAUUCUCCUCUCCAAGCCAUAUCUGACCUUAAACGAUCGGAAUAUAAGGACGAUGGCUUGGCUGCUAGACAGGUGCUUUCUAAGGACCUUCAGAUUUACUUUGACAAAGUCACGGAGUGGGCUUUGACUCAAUCUGGCUCCACCCUCUUUAGACAAGCACUCGCCAGCUUGGAAAUUGAUCCUGGACUCCACCCAUUAGUUCCCUUUUUCACUUCUUUCAUCGCUGAAGAGAUUGUCAAAAACAUGGAUAAUUAUCCAAUCUUGUUGGCUUUGAUGCGUCUUGCUAGAAGCCUCCUUCAUAACCCUCAUGUACAUAUUGAGCCAUAUCUGCAUCAGUUGAUGCCGUCUAUUAUCACUUGCCUUAUUGCCAAGCGCUUAGGAAGAAGGUCAUCUGAUAAUCACUGGGACUUGAGAAACUUCACUGCCAGCACAGUUGCUUCAACGUGCAAAAGGUUUGGACACGUUUAUCACAAUUUGUUGCCACGUGUCACAAGAUCACUGCUUCAUACCUUUUUGGACCCAACCAAGGCACUCCCACAACACUAUGGGGCAAUUCAAGGGAUGGUAGCCCUUGGGCUUAAUAUGGUUCGCUUUCUUGUUCUCCCAAACCUAGGGCCGUAUUUGCUGCUUCUUUUACCUGAAAUGGGACUUGAGAAGCAGAAGGAAGAAGCUAAGAGGCAUGGGGCUUGGCUUGUUUAUGGAGCGUUGAUGGUGGCAGCUGGUCGAUGCCUAUAUGAACGGCUUAAAACAUCUGAGACACUGCUGUCUCCUCCAACUAGCUCUGUCUGGAAGACAAAUGGAAAGCUCACCAGCCCCAGGCAAAGUAAACGCAAAGCAAGCAGUGACAACUUAACUCAUCAACCACCACUGAAGAAGAUAGCAGUAGGGGGAAUUAUACAAAUGAGCUCCACACAAAUGCAGAUGCGCGGAACCACAACAGUCCCUCAACAGUCCCACACAGAUGCAGAUGCACGGCACCACAAUAGUCCCUCAACAAUUGCUCCGAAGACUUCAGCUGCUGCAGGCACUGACGUCGACAACUAUCUCUUUCCUCUUUUUGAGUAUUUUGGUGAGAGCAUGCUUAUGUUCACCCCCACACAUGAGCUCAGUUUCUUCUUGUAAUAGAUUAUUGACAUGGUAAUUGUAUGUACCACAAUAAAUACAUCUAUAUAAUAUUUCGAAAUGUCUUGGAAAUCGUCAACUUUAUAGUGGGCAUUUUGCGAGAGGU